GAGGCGCGCGGAGUAACGGGGACCAGCGCGCGCUCUCGCUCUCUCUCGCUCGCUCCUGCGGAAUACCGGAGAAAAGCGUCUUUACCUUGUCACGGAAAUGAGCUCAUUCCCUUUAUCUCAGUAAGGAAUGAGGAGAACAGAAGGGAAAGAAGGGAAGAGUUGACUGGUGAAAAGAUUCCUGAAAGCAGGUGGCUUCUGUCCAGACCCGUGGAGCUUCUUUUUUCUCGUCACGAUGAACAUUAGCUUCAACAGGAGGAAAGAUAAACCCACAAUGCACAGCUCCGAAGCUCUGGUGAAGCAUUACGUAGCCUACAGUGCUAAGUUUUUGGGAAUCACGGCAGUCGACCAACCAAAAGGCACAGACGUUGUUCGGGUGGCUGUGAGAAAAUUGAAGUUUCAAAGGCAUAUCAAAAAGUCAGAAGGGGAGAAAAUUCCCAAAGUUGAGCUACAAAUCUCCAUAUAUGGGGUCAAAAUAUUGGAUCCCAAAACAAAGGAUGUGCAGCACAACUGCCAGCUGCACAGGAUGUCUUUCUGCGCUGACGAUAAAACGGACAAACAGAUCUUCGCCUACAUCUGCACCGAGCCUGACACCAAGAGGCACCUGUGUUACGUGUUCGACAGCGAGAAAUGUGCAGAAGAGAUCACCAUCACCAUUGGCCAGGCGUUUGACCUGGCAUAUAAAAUGUUCCUGCAGUCCGGGGGAAAAGAUGCGGAGUCAAGAAAACAGAUAGGAAACUUACAAAAGAGGAUUCAGGAUUUGGAAAUGGAAAAUUCAAAGCUCAAAAAACAGCUGCAGCAUCUGGAGGAUCAGCUGAUCAGCGCACAGUCGUCACCACUGUUGCAUGUUAACUCCUCGACGGACACCUGCGUCUUGUCCUCUGCUCUGUCCUGCUGUACUGAUGACGUCUCCUCACUGUCCUCUCUAGAGAUUUCCUCUGUCACACUAACGCCUCUCAGUUCACCUGAUUCCGGCCAGUCGGCAGGCCUUCUGACCCCGCCUACCACUAAACCCGCCCACUUUCUGCCAAAUAAUGGCUUCAUUGUUCCACGUCCUCGUGUAAAUGCUGGGAGCAUCCCGGUGAAACCCACCUCGACAGACAUAUUCGACAUGGUCCCAUUUACACCUGGAUCUUCCACAUCGAGGAUACAGAUGUGUAACGGGAAUCGGAGUUUCCCCUCACCGCCUUCUGUAGCCAGAGAUACGGAUCUGUUCGGCGCCGUGCCCUUUGACCCUUUCACCUGCCACAUUGUGGACUACCCUCCAGACGUCCAGUCCAAGCUGGAUGAGAUGCAGGAGGGGUUCAAAAUGGGUCUGACUCUAGAGGGCGCCAUUUUCUCCCUGGAUCAAGUGGACGGCUGAAGCUGAAGUCCAACAUGAUUGCUUUCGAUGUCUGAAGAUUUGAACAGUAUGAUGAAGUGUUUGGAAUUAUGUUCUGCGUUAAGGGAUGAAAAUUGAACGGCGCGCGAACACGUUGUACAAAUUCGUUCUAUUUUUAUAUUGUGUUAAAAAAAAGUGGGUCUGUAGAGAUUGUCAUUUUAAUGAUCACUGAUUUUAUCUGAGUGUCACCACACACACAUAUACACACACACACACAGUCAAUUUCUGCUGAAAAACACAGCUGUGUAAAUGUUUUCGAGAUGUUUUGUUUUUUCCCAUCCUUUGCACUUUCUACAUUAGUCCUUCGACACCCAAACCCGUCCUCCGUUUCCGUUCUCUAUCCUGCAUUCAUGUGGAACAUCUAAUAUUUGCUUUAUGACUAUUUAAUCAUAUUACAUUUGUUAAAUAAAGUACAACUCGUUGAGCAUUACAGCUCUUUUCCUCCUGAAGCAUUAAACAGAUCACAUUUCAUU